AUGUCAAGUCUGAAGUUUGUUUUAAGUGCUUCUGCUGCACAGAGAGUUCAUGACAUUCUGUCGUGCUUGUCAAAAUUCUCUGAAUACGUCUGCCUUGAGGCUCGGCGCAACCGCUUCACACUUUCAGCCCUGAACUCAACAAAAUCAGCUUAUGGCGGUAUUUCUUUGUCAAGUGGAGAGUUUUUUGAGUCUUACAGUUUUGAGGCCACAGGAAGUAAUGAAUCGACUGAACCUCCAAGAUUUACCUGCCGGCUCUACUCCAAGGCGUUGCUCGCUGCGUUCAGGCAGCGUUAUUCCGACUCAAAGGGUAGCUCAGCUAUAGACAGAUGUGAGGUCAGCUUUGAAGAUGAUCCUUCACGACCAGAAUGCCGGAUACUCGUUCAGCUUGUAUGCGGACAUGGUGUCUUAAAAACCUAUAAACUUACUUAUGAAGAAGUGGAGGUGAUGGCACCCGUGUUUGAUAAGGGGCAGGCGCCCAACCGGUGGACUGUGCAAGCUAGGCUUAUGAAGGAAUAUAUGGAGCAUUUCGGGCCAAAAGCAGAGGGAUUAGAUAUUACGAGCAACAAUGGAAGGGCGGUAUUCACUAGCUUUACUGAAAAGGUUACGGAUGGGAAAGAGAUUUUGAAGCUUCCCAUGCAUACGAGUAUUGCACUAGAUACAUCUGGUUUUGAUGAUUGGUCAGCAGAGGAUAAAGUGAAUGUAGCGAUCAGCUUGAAAGAUAUGAAGGCUAUAAUAAUGCACGCAGCAUCCCUAAAUACAACCAUAUCAACUUUUUAUAGCGAAGCCGGCCGUCCAUUUCAAGUCACUUAUGAUCACGAAGGGAUGAGAUGUCAAUUCACCCUGAUGACCAUGACUCAAGUCAGCAACUCCCAAACAUUUGCAGCCAUUACACGAGUCGAUAACCACCCUACCCCUGGUCUUACGCCCCGUCAUAUUCCUGGUCCCGCCCCCAGAUCAUCUGCUCCUUUAUUUCGAGCCGCAGCUUCUCAACGUGAUUCUACUCAAAGCCAGCAAGCAAUUCACGGGGAUUACGAGGAAUCCUAUAGACCUCAGACACAACCUGUUCGGACUCAGCUUCAGGCAAACAGGUCGACACAACGUAUACUACCACGCCAGCCAUCACCACAAGCUAUCUCUCAGGUUCUCCCAAGCCAACAUGUACCGCAGGGAUUAUUCUUACCUUACGAUACCGAGGACGAAGAUAGCGAUGAUGAUGAUUUGGGAAAGGGCCUUGAAGAAUGGGAACCAAGGCUGCGGUGGGAUUCAGGCUGUAAUGAUAAUCCCAUGCCGAGUAUCUCAGUUGUGAGGGAUCAAAUUGCGCCAGGCAUCAGAGUGGACGAAAGAGGAGACGGAAAAGAGAGUGAAAAAGAGGAAGAGGAAGAGGACAUAGGCCCAAUGGUAGGACCAACUCAACAAGUUUCACAGGUAUGGUAG